AUGGGCAGACAAAAGGAGUAUCUGGAUAAACUGUCCCGCUUCUUCCAGAUCCGCAACCUGCUGCUUCGUCAAGCCUUAGCAGAGUGUCUUGGCACGCUCAUCCUUGUAAUGUUUGGCUGUGGCGCUGUGGCCCAGCGGGUGUUGAGCGGUGGUUCCCAUGGCUUGUUCCUUACUGUCAACUUUGCCUUCGGCUUUGCUGCCAUGUUAGGCAUCUUGGUCUGUGGCCAAGUGUCAGGCGGCCAUCUCAACCCAGCAGUAACUUUUGCCUUGUGUCUGCUUGGAAGAGAGCGCUGGAGAAAGUUUCCCAUGUACUUCCUCUUUCAGACAAUUGGUGCUUUUUUUGGUGCUGCUAUUAUUUUUGGCAUGUACUAUGAUGCUCUGUUGCUCCGUCCUGGAAGUUUUAAUUUUACUAGCAUUAACAACACGGCUGGCAUAUUUGCAACUUACCCUGCGAGGCAUCUCACACUUGUCAAUGGCUUCUUUGAUCAGAUUAUUGGCACAACAGCACUGAUAGUUUGUGUUCUGGCCAUUGUGGAUCCUUACAACAACCCCAUCCCUCAAGGGCUGGAGGCCUUCACCGUGGGAUUUGUGGUUCUGGUCAUUGGAUUGUCUAUGGGCUUUAAUUCUGGCUAUGCAGUCAAUCCUGCCAGAGACUUUGGACCACGUCUUUUCACCUCUAUGUCUGGGUGGGGGGGUGCCGUUUUCACGGCUAGAGACUGCUGGUUCCUGGUCCCUAUUUUUGCCCCAUUCCUUGGUUCCAUUCUUGGUGUAGUGAUUUACCAGUUGAUGGUUGGUUUCCACACGGAGGGAGAAGCACGUGACAAGAAACAGGGGACAGUCCAGGAGAACCUCCAACUCGCCAAUGUUGCUUCCUCAAACAACUCUAAAGAGGCUACCAAAGAAAUUUACUGA